AUGGGAGAUCAUUAUUUGACUAAACAACAUCAACAUGUCUUGAUCAAAGUUAUUCGUCAAAUUUUAUCACAAUCUAACGAAAGAAAAAUAGAGAUUAAUGUUCCUCAGACAAAAAGUGCAGGAGAUUAUAAAAUUAAAUUGUCCAUAGAAGAAUCAAAUACUUUUUUGGAAGCAGCAAAACAUGAUCAAGAUAUUUUCAAUCAAGAUUUAGCAUCAUUGCAAGACAAGAUCGAUGAUCUGCAACCUAUUUCAUAUGAUGGAACAUUGGUUUGGAAAAUUACAAAUGUUCAACGAAAAAUAACUGAUGCCCAAUCUGAACAACAAGCAUCAAUUUAUUCGCCAAUAUUUUAUUCAUCACCACAGGGUUAUAAAAUGCGGCUUCGUCUUUAUUUAAAUGGCGAUGGAGAUGCUCGUCAUACACAUAUGUCACUCUUUUUUGUACUGAUGCGAGGUGAAUAUGAUGCUAUUCUGAAAUUUCCAUUCAAUUUCAAAGUAAUAUUUUGUCUAUACAAUCAAAUAUACGAAGAACAGCACAUUAUCGACUCCUUUCGACCUGAUAUUAGAUCAUGUAGCUUUCAAAGACCUCGAUCGGAUAUGAAUAUUGCAAGUGGUAUCCCUAAAUUUGUUCGAUUAACAAUGAUUCAACAGGAAGGAACUCCGUAUGUACAAGACGACACAAUGUUUAUCCGGGUUAUGGUUGAUCGUUUUAAUAUGCCAAAACAAUUACUUUCAUAUACAAUCAGUCUUAAUCCAGGUUUCCCAACAUAUGUUCAAGAAAUGAUGAUGAAAGAAGAAACAAAAAGAAGAUUAGAACAGCGAUCUCGACAAUGGACUGAAACAAAAAAAAACCUUAGCUGCCAAGAAACUACUCAGUAA